AUGCCCUCCAAUCGAGCAGCCUGGCUGUCAUCCAAGUCUGCGCGACCACUUGAGGUCAAAAAAGCUCCUUACACCCCUCCUGCGGCCAACGAGAUCGUCAUCAAGAAUGGUGCCAUUGCAAUCAACCCGGUAGAAUGGUCCAAACAGCUUGUUGGAGACUUGAUGUUCUCAUGGAUCAAAUACCCAUUCAUUCUUGGCAAUGACCUUGCAGGCGAGGUUGUUGACGUUGGCCCGGGAGUCACACGCUUUAAACCCGGUGACCGCGUUCUGGGCCACGCGCUCUCGAUGGAUCCCACCGUCAACAAGAACUCCGAGGGCGCGUUCCAGGAGUACACGGUUGUACGCGCGAACAUGGCCUCACCGAUCCCAGGUACCCUCUCCUACGAGGAAGCCUGCGUCCUACCGCUAGGUCUGUCGACGGCCGCUUGCGCAUUGUUUCAAAAGGAUACCCUGGCACUCAACUACCCCGAUGCAUCAGCUCCUACGACGGGUGAAUCCAGGAAAACUGGAAACGAAGUGCUCGUAAUUUGGGGUGGAUCUAGCAGUGUCGGAUGCAAUGCUAUUCAGCUUGCCAGCGCUGCAGGAUACGACGUUUUCACCACUGCUUCUCCAAAGAAUUUCGAAUUUGUCACCAGUCUCGGAGCUACUCAGGUAUUCGACUACCGCAGCAAGACUGUGAUUGCAGACAUUAUCAAAGCCCUUAACGGGAAGAGGCCUGUUGGUGCGGUUGCAAUCGGAAACGGGUCAACGGAAGCCUGUAUGGAGAUUCUUUCCAAGACCAAUGGAUCGAAACACGUUGCGCAGAUCAGUUUCCCGUGGCCGGAGAAGACCCCGACUAGUACCUUGGCCCUUAUCGGUGCCAUGAUGGGCCUCAUGUGGUGGAGCUUGAGCAUCUUUAUCAAGUCGAAGUUCAAAGGUGUGACGGCCAAAUUCGUCUUUGGGAGCAGCUUGUACAAUAAUGAAGUGGGCGGGAUUAUCUAUGAUGAUUUUUUGCCGGAGGCCUUGAUGAAAGGAAGCUUUGUGACGGCUCCUAAGCCGUUGGUGGCUGGUAAGGGAUUGGAGAAGAUCCAAGAGGCCAUGGAUUUGCAUAUGAAGGGUGUUUCUGCUAAAAAGGUUGUUGUUUCUCUAUAA